CGCACGCGGCUUGUCAGCCGGAUGUUGCGUUAGCUCGGUGUGAGCGAGCGGAUAUGCAAUGUCGGUGUGCGCGCGCGUGUGAGCGUUUCCCCGGUGUUUAGUGAAGUUCGGUGAUUUCCGACUGAGGCACGAUUCUGUUUAUUCCGUUAAAGGCGUCCCCGCGCGCGCUGACCGAGUCCGGUUGUGUGUUUGAGGAACAUGUCCGUGUUGGGGAUUGUGCUGAACACCGGAGUGUCGCUGUGGAGGAACUCACUGCAGCUCUGCGCCACACACCUCCACACAGGAGCAUGUUUACGUAUGCGAAUGCACGCCAUCCCGCCCCUGAAGCAGGUGGACCGGUGGACGGAGAAGAGGAGCAUGUUCGGUGUCUAUGACAACAUCGGCAUUCUGGGUGAUUUUAAAGCCCACCCUAAAGAAUUGAUCAGAGGGCCUGUGUGGCUGCAGGGUUUCCGCGGUAACGAGUACCAGCGGCUGAUGCGCAAGAAGAGGAUGGUGGGAGAUCGCAUGAUGACGGAGGACAAACACUUGCUGGAGAAGAGACUGCGCUUCCUGUAUCGCCGCUUCAACCGCUACGGCAAACACCGAUAGAUGUGUGCGUGUGUGUUGAAUUAAAUAAAAAUGUAAAAGUUCCAUCACA